AUGUGGUAUAUAUAUUGUUGCUUACCGGUUAUUGCUGUCAUAGGCGUUAUUGGCGUUAUAGUCGUUAUUGGCGUUAUAGUCGUUAUUGGCGUUAUAGACGUUAUUGACGUUAUUGGCGUUAUAGUCGUUAUUGGCGUUAUAGACGUUAUAGUCGUUAUUGGCGUUAUAGACGUUAUUGACGUUAUUGGAGUUAUUGACGUUAUAGUCGUUAUUGACGUUAUAGUCGUUAUUGGCGUUAUAGGCGCUAUAGACGUUAUUGGCGUUAUAGUCGUUAUUGGCGUUAUAUGCGCUAUAGACGUUAUUGGCGUUAUAGUCGUUAUUGGCGUUAUAUACGUUAUUGACGUUAUAGACGUUAUUGGCGUUAUAUUCGUUAUUGCCGUUAUAGUCGUGAUUGGCGUUAUAGACGUUAUUGGCGUUAUUGGAGUUAUUGGCGUUAUAGUCGUUAUAGACGUUAUAGUCGUUAUUGGCGUUAUAUACGUUAUUGACGUUAUAGACGUUAUUGGCGUUAUAGACGUUAUAGACGUUAUUGGCGUUAUAGUCGUUAUUGGCGUUAUAGUCGUUAUUGGCGUUAUAGUCGUUAUUGACGUUAUAGUCGUUAUUGGCGUUAUAGACGUUAUUUGAGUUAUUGGCGUUAUUGGAGUUAUUGGCGUUAUAGGCGUUAUAGACGUUAUAGGCGUUAUAGACGUUAUUGGCGUUAUAGACGUUAUUGGCGUUAUAGACGUUAUUGGCGUUAUAGUCGUUAUUGGCGUUAUAGUCGUUAUAGACGUUAUUGGCGUUAUUGGCGUUAUAGUCGUUAUUGGCGUUAUAUACGUUAUUGACGUUAUUGACGUUAUUGGUGUUAUAGACGUUAUAGACAUUAUUGACGUUAUUGGCGUUAUAGUCGUUAUUGGCGUUAUAGUCGUUAUUGGCGUUAUAGUCGUUAUUGGCGUUAUAGACGUUAUUGGCGUUAUAGACGUUAUUGGCGUUAUAGACGUUAUUGGCGUUAUAGGUGUUAUUGGCGUUAUUGGAGUUAUUGGCGUUAUAGUCGUUUUUGGCGUUAUAUACGUUAUUGACGUUACAGACGUUAUUGGCGUUAUAGUCGUUAUUGGCGUUAUAGACGUUAUGGCGUUAUCGACGUUAUUGGCGUUAUUGGCGUUAUAGUCGUUAUUGGCGUUAUAGACGUGAUUGGCGUUAUUGGCGUUAUUGGAGUUAUUGGCGUUGUUGGCGUUAUUGUCGUUAUUGGCGUUAUAUACGUUAUUGACGUUAUAGACGUUAUUGGCGUUAUAGUCGUUAUUGGCGUUAUAGACGUUAUUGGCGUUAUUGGAGUUAUUGGCGUUAUAGUCGUUAUAGACGUUAUUGACGUUAUUGGCGAUAUAGUCGUUAUUGGCGUUAUAUACGUUAUUGACGUUAUAGACGUUAUUGAUGUUAUAUACGUUAUUGGCGUUAUAGUCGUUAUUGGCGUUAUAGACGUUAUUGGCGUUAUAGACGUUAUUGGCGUUAUUGAAGUUAUUGGCGUUAUAGUCGUUAUUGGCGUUAUAUACGUUAUUGGCGUUAUAGUCGUUAUUGGCGUUGUAGACGUUAUAGUCGUUAUUGGCGUUAUAGUUGUUAUUCGCGUUAUAGAUGUUAUUGGCGUUAUAGUCGUUAUUAGCGUUAUAGACGUUAUUGGCGUUAUAGUCGUUAUUGGAGUUAUAGUCGUUAUUGGCGUUAUUGACGUUAUUGGCGUUAUAGUCGUUAUUGGCGUUAUAGACGUUAUUGCCGUUAUAGUUGUUAUUGGCGUUAUAGUCGUUAUUGGCGUUAUAAAAAAUAUAAAAAUAAGAAAUGAAUUUAUCCAAAAGGUCUCUUAUACAAAAUUUUUGGGUGUACUAAUUGAUGAAAAUUUAACGUGGAAAAAUCAUAUUGAUUCUAUAUAUAUGUAAAACUAUUAUCAAGUUUACUGGACUAAUUUCAAAAUUGCGACAUUUUACGAGCUUGAACACUAUAAAGUUGACCUAUUAUGCUUUAGUUUAUCCAUACCUUACAUAUGGUAUUAAAUUUAGCUUGGGGUAAUACAUACCCUUGGAAAAUUGAAAAGCUUUUCAGAAUUCAAAAGAAGAUUAUUCAAUUAAUGAAAUUUAAAUCAUACACAGAAUAUACAAAACCGCUAUUUAAUGAUUUGAAAAUAUUAAAUAUUUUCAAAAUUAACGAUUAGCUUACCAGCUUAUUUAUGUACCGUUGCAACAGUACUAAUGAUUUACCCGACAUUUUUAGUGGAUAUACUUCAUAAAAAAUUCAAACAUUCAUGAACAUUGCACGCGAAAUUCAAAAAAAUUGCAUAAAGUUUAUACAAGAACAAACUAUAGAAAACAAUCUGUUGUUAGUUAAGGUAUUGACAUUUGGAAUAAUUUAAGUACUGAGUUAAAAAAUAUUGGAUCUUAUAUGGUUUUCAAAAAAAAUGUGAAAACAUACUUUAUAUCACACCAAUCAGCCAAUUAAUCAUCCUAUUUUAAUGUAUAAAGUUUAAAAAAUCUGAAAAAUCUUGUAAAUAGACAAACUUUCCUUUAAAAACCAUCACAAUUGUAUAUAUUUUCGUUAUUAUAUUAUGUACUAUUCUUAUGACAUCAUGAAAUUAUACUAAGUAAAAAAUGUUUUGUUAUAACGGGUGUUUGUAUUCCGAGUAAUGAGUAAUGAGUCAUUAAUGAGUAAUGAGUAAUGUAUGAGUAAUGAGUAAUGAGUAAUGAGUAAUGAGUAAUUAGUACUUAGUAAUGAAUUUUCGUACUUGCUUUGGAAAGAUAAAUUAAACUAAUUAAACUAGCAGGAGAUGCCAUUCACGACUCCUUACUACAUAUCUUUAACCUUGUACUGGGCACUGACAUUUUCCCAGAUGAUUUAAAACUUGCUAAAAUAAUACCUAUUCAUAAGGUGACAAGGCGGAAUGCGGAAACUACCGGCCUAUAUCUGUAAUUCCUACUGUCGCCAAAAUCCUUGAAAAGAUUAUAUACGACCAAUUAAGUUCAUAUAUCAAUGACAACGACAUCAUUUGUAAACAGCAAUUUGGCUUUAGACCAAAUCAUUCUACAGAAACUGCCCUAUUAAAAUGCACAGAUCAAUGGCUACUCAACAUGGAUAAAGAAAUGGCAAAUGGAGUGCUAUUUUUGGAUCUUAAAAAAGCGUUUGACACGGUUGAUCAUUCUAUUCUCCUACAAAAGCUAUACCAAUAUGGUAUAAAGGGUACUCCUCUAAAAUUACUAGCAUCUUACUUAAACAACAGAAAACAAGUUUGUGUCAUUAAUAACAAGUCAGGCCAAGAAACAGUUCAAUGUGGAGUACCACAGGGUUCCAAUCUGGGACCAUUGCUAUUCUCAUUGUACAUAAAUGAUUUACCAAUGUGCCUUGAGUACACACAAGCAUCCAUGUUUGCUGAUGACACCAAUCUAUCAUGCACAGGAAGGACCCCAGCCGAAAUUGAGCACAAACUAAACGCUGACUUAUCCAAUGUUAACGACUGGUUAGAAGCAAAUAGGUUGACAUUGAACACAGACAAAACAGAAUUUAUGAUAAUAGUCUCAAAAAGAAAACUUAAUCAAUUUCGCACUGAUAUUCGUAUACAUAUAAACGGAUCCAUUAUUAAACAAGUUAAGCAAAAAAAAACCUUAGGUACUACAAUUGAUAACGAACUAAGGUGGACUGAACACAUUAAUGAGCAAUGCAAAAAACUUUCAAGUGCAAUAGCUCUGCUUAGAAAGGCAAAACCACACGUACCUUACAACGACUUACUCCGUAUUUACAAUUCCCUGGUAGUUCCUUACUUUACAUACUGUUCGACAGUUUGGAACGAUGGAAACAAAACAAAUUUGGAAAAACUUUAUAAAUUACAAAAGCGAGCCGCUCGUAUAAUUACUGGAUUAAACUAUGAAACAAGAUCAAAAACAAUCCUCCAGAGUCUAGGUUGGCAUCCAAUAGAUAACAUUCUUAAAAAAUGAGAAUUUCUAAUUACGUUUAAGGCUAUCCGAGGUAUAGCGCCGGAGUGCAUCUGUAAUAUGUUCUCCUACUGUGAUAAUAGAAGUCACCACAUGCGGAGCAACGGGCGGAAACUAA